AACCCCCCAAAGAGUAAGCCUGCAAAACGGGGAAGACUUUUUAUCUUCGUGUUUUAUUUUAAUUUAGAAGGAAAAACAAAAGUUUGCCGUUCCCGGGGUCUCUCCGGCAUCACAACGCGGGGUUAAAAACAGCUUUUCUCUCCCAUCUGUAGUCCAAACAGCAAGAAACUUGCCCGAAUGAAAGUCCACAGUCUCCUCUUCACUCUCCGAAGAAACUGGGGUGAUUUUGCGGCACUCGUUUUACGAAAAAUAUGGAUUUAUAACUCCGAAGAAACACAGACUCGGAGGAGGAAAAGCUCUUCCUGGCUAACAGUUAGGCGGGCUCUGCAAAGCACCAAUCACAGAUCACCGCUUCGCUAUAAAUUCAGGCAUCGGGGUUACUGUAGCCCAAUUACUUUCUUUUGAUUAGGAAGAAGUCUCUGCAGCGAUGUCGGAGACCGCUCCCGCCGCCGCUCCCGCCGUCGCGGCCCCCGCCGCCAAGGCCGCCGCCAAGAAGCCGAAGAAGGCGGCGAGCGGCUCCAAAGCCCGCAAGCCCGCGGGGCCCAGCGUCACCGAGCUGAUCACCAAGGCCGUGUCCGCCUCCAAGGAGCGCAAGGGGCUCUCCCUCGCCGCGCUCAAGAAGGCGCUGGCCGCCGGCGGCUACGAUGUGGAGAAGAACAACAGCCGCAUCAAGCUGGGGCUCAAGAGCCUCGUCAGCAAGGGCACCCUGGUGCAGACCAAGGGCACCGGCGCCUCCGGCUCUUUCCGUCUCAGCAAGAAACCCGGAGAAGUCAAGGAAAAAGCUCCCAAGAAGAGAACUGCUGCAGCUAAGCCCAAGAAGCCGGCGGCCAAGAAACCCGCCAGCGCCGCCAAGAAGCCCAAGAAGGCAGCGGCCGUGAAGAAGAGCCCCAAGAAAGCGAAGAAGCCGGCGGCAGCAGCGGCCAAGAAAGCAGCGAAGAGCCCCAAGAAAGCCACAAAGGCUGCGAAGCCCAAAAAAGCGGCGGCAGCAGCGAAGAGCCCGGCUAAGGCGAAGGCGGUGAAGCCCAAAGCAGCCAAGCCCAAGGCGGCCAAGCCGAAAGCAGCCAAGGCAAAGAAGGCAGCGACCAAGAAAUGAAGUGUUGAAGUGGAAAUACUUUUAAACCCAACGGCUCUUUUAAGAGCCACCCACUAUUGUCCCCAAAAGGGCUGAUACACUCCGUCCCUGAGCUCCCUGCCUGCAGCAGAGCCGACUAUUCGCCACUAUCCGUGUGGGAUGCUCGUCUAUGGAGUGGAUGGGACGCUAAACUUCUUCCAGCCGUGGCUUUACACUAAGACUUGGAAAAAUAAAAGUUUACAUUCCCUGCGAA